AUGGCUUCUUCAUCGAAACCCAAAAGGAAAUACGACGUCUUCUUGAGUUUCAGAGGCGUGGAUCUGCGCAACAACUUUGUCAGUCAUCUCUACAAAGUUUUAGAUCAAAAUGGAAUAUACACUUUUAUUGAUAGAGAGGAACUGAGGAAGGGAGAUCAAAUAUCGCCGGCGCUUAUGGAGGCCAUCGAAGAAUCGUGCAUCGCAAUUAUUGUUUUCUCGGAAGAUUACGCUUCCUCUCGAUGGUGCUUAGAAGAGUUGGCGAAGAUUAUGGAGUGUAAGGAGCAAAAGGACCUCACCGUUCUACCACUUUUUUAUAAAGUGGAUCCAAGAGAAGUGAGAGGGGGGAGAGAGAGUUACGGGAGAGCUCUGGCUAAGCAUGAGUCCAAGUUCAGGAAGGAUUCGGAGAAAGUGAAGAGAUGGAAGAAAGCUCUUUUUGACGCCGGUAACUUGUCCGGGUGGCAUUUAAAUGAUGGAGAUGAGCCAGAGCUCAUACAAGGAAUUGUGAAGGAGAUCUCUACUCACCUAGACCGAACACCUUUGCAUGUUGCUAAGCAUCCGGUUGGGAUAGAUUCCCAAGUGGUUAAGCUGAUAUCAAUGUUAAACCUCAAGUCUGAUGAUGGUGUUCUCAUGGUGGGAAUAUGGGGACAGGGAGGCAUAGGGAAGACAGCUUUGGCAAAAGCCCUUUACAAUGCUAUUCAUAGACAAUUUAAAGGUUCAUGUUAUCUAGCAAAUGUUCGAGAAACUUCAAAAGGUUGCAGGGGUUUAGCUACUUUGCAAGAAAUAUUACUAAAGGAUAUGUUAUUACUGCAGCAAAGAUUAGAAGUGUCGAAUGUCGAUGGAGGUAUUAAAAUGAUACAACGCAGACUUCGCUACAAUAAAGUUCUUCUCAUCCUUGAUGAUGUGGAUGACUUGGGCCAGUUAAAUGCUUUAGCAGGAAAUGGUGAGUGGUUUGGUAAUGGGAGUAGGAUCAUCAUUACUACAAGGGAUAAACAUUUGCUAACUUGUCAUGAGAUAGAUCAGGAUCAUGUGUAUGAAGUUAAAACACUGGAUGAUAGUGAAGCUCAUGAGCUACUUAGUAAGCACGCUUUUCUGACACACAAAAAAUUGAAAAUCAGAACAAAUCUAGUGAAAAGUGUUCUAAAUCAUGCUAAAGGCCUUCCUUUAGCACUUGAGGUGCUGGGUUCCUUCUUAUGUGGUAGAAGAGAAGAUGUAUGGGAAAGUACACUGAAUAAACUUUCUAGAAUUCCUAACAAAACUGUUAAUGAUGUGCUCAAAAUAAGUUAUGAUGGACUAGAGAAAAAUGAGAGAGAGAUUUUUCUCCACAUUGCUUGCUUCUUUAAGGGGUGGGAUAGGGAGUAUGUAAAGAAAGUCCUCGAUAGUUGCGGUUUGGAGGCAACAAUUGGAUUAGAAAUUCUCAUUGAGAGAUCCUUGAUAAAGAUGGAGCACGGAUUUGAAGGAAUCCUACAAAUACAAGCGCACGACUUGAUUCAAUUGAUGGGUAUGGAUAUCACGAACCAAGAAUGCUACGAUGAUCCCAAGAGACGCAGUAGACUAUGGUCGUAUAAUGAUGUUCUUGAUGUUCUGUCAUGCGACAAGGGAGAUUGUGCAGUAAAAGCCAUAGUGUUGGAGCUACCCAAGCUGAAAGAGAUGUACAUCGGCCCUAAUGAUUUUACAAAAAUGAGAGGGCUGAGAUUGCUCAUCAUGCGCAAUGUGCAUAAUUCUUUCCAUGGUCCUAUAUGUCUUCCUAAUGCACUAAGAUGGUUUCAAUGGGUUGGAUGUGCUCCUGGAAUUCCAGAAUUUUCCUCUGGUCCAAAGAAAUUAGUGGGACUUGAUAUGCGCAAAUGCAAUAAUAUCCCAGUACAGCCAAAUCAAUAUAAGGACUUCCAAAAUUUGAAGUACAUUAAUUUCAGUCACUGCAAGUCGCUGGUUCGCAUGCCUGACCUCUCAUGUAUUCCAAAUCUCGAGGAAUUGGAUCUCCGUAAUUGCAAAAACUUGGUAGAAGCCCACGAGUCCAUUGCAUAUCAUGACAAGUUACAAGUGUUGAAUUUAAGGGAAUGCUCUAAACUUAGUGUUUUUCCAAAUGUGCUCAAGUCCAAAAAUCUGCAAGCUCUCGAUCUUUGUGAUUGCAAAAAAUUUGAAAGGUUUCCUGAUAUUCCUAAUAAACUCGAAGCCUUGAAAGAGCUUCGUUUACGAGGGACCGCUAUUAAAGAACUUCCUGCAUCAAUAGAGAAUCUUGUCUCUUUGGAGACAAUGUAUUUAAAUUUUUGCAAGAACCUAGUAAGUCUUCCCUCUAGCAUUUAUAAGUUACAAAACCUUAAAAGCUUGCUAGUUGAGCAUUGCACAAAUUUUAUCGGGUUUCCAAAGUACGAUGAUUCAGCUGAUUCGUCCAUGAAGACCAUACUUUCAAAUUUACGCAGGUUGGACCUUUAUGGAUGUAAUCUGUCCGAAAUAGAAUUUUUUGAGAAUCUUUCCUUUUUUCCCUUCUUGAGAGAAUUGAGUUUGGGGAAGAACAAUAUUACUAGCAUUCCUACAUCCAUCAAUAAGCGUAAGCGUAUGUCCCGUUUGAAUGUUAGAAAACGCCAUCAAUUACAAGAGAUGCCCGAGCUUCCACCAUUUUUGAAUUAUCUUCUGGCGGAUGGUUGUGAAUCUGUGCAAGAAACUGGAGAUUUAACUUUAGUUCAUGAAUUUGUCCACAGAGGGUUGACCAAGGCUAAUAUUUCCCCACUUAACCAGAAAAUGCAAGUGGAGGCUUAA